AUGUUGUUUACAAUUUAUAGAGAUCAUCCUAAAAAGACAUUGUUAUUCAUAAUUAUAUUUAUAAGUGGAAUUGCAUAUAAAUUUAGAGCACAUUUAUUCAGUGCUUUCUUAAAAAAAAUGCAAAGUAAAUUAACAAAGGAAAUGUAAUUAUAAAUGGAAAAAGGAUAAAAAAUUAAUGCUAAAUAAGAUUAAAUACAAUAAAUUGUAGAUUAAUACUAUGAGAAUAAGGGUUUCAUGGAUACUAUCUCAGAAAUAUUAAAAUUAGAUUAAAUCACUACAAUUGGAAACUAAUUAAAAUAAAAUAAACAAUUAACUUAGUAAUAAAAAGUUGAAAUAUAUUAAGAUAUAACAUAAUAAUUCUUAAUUUUUGAAGUAUCUACUAUACUCUUUUUUAAAAAAUUUGAAUGUCUUCUCUUAUUAUCUCAAAUAAUCAUAUUGACAAUAACAAUUGUUGAUGAAUAAAAAUUUAUUGAAAAUUUACUUAUUGAAAUCUAAUAAAUCAUAUUAAAUUAAUAAUACCUUUAAGUAUCUACUAUUAUUUAAACAUAAUUCAAUUAGUAAGCUUAAAUGUACAGUUAUGAUAAAUAAACUAAUUUAAAAGAAUUAAUAACUAAUUUAAUAUAAUUAUUAUAAAGAUAAUAUAUGGACCAUAAAUUUUAACAACAACUUGAAAAUAGAUGUAGGGAUGAGUUAAAAAUAAAAAUUAAUUAAUUAUAAUAAUAAUAUUAAGGAUAACAUUUGAAGAUUAUUUAAGAAUAGUCAAAGUAAUUAGUAGAACAUCUUAUAAAAUUAAAUAAAUCUUUGGGAUUGAUGACAUUUUCUGAUUUUACCAUAUCUUAUAAUUUUUAGAAACUUAACAAUAGAAUUUAAUUAAUUCCUCAAAUUAAUGAAAUUAACAAUUAAAUUCUUAUUAAAUAAUUAAUAAAACAUCAUUAAGUAAUCAAAGAAGAAUUCUAUGCUAAAGAGAGCAUUCAAACCAAUAUUAAUUAUUAUUAGAAAAUAUUAAAAUAAAGUCUAAAAAUAAAAGAUGAAUAAUCAUCUAAUAUCUAACCAAAUAAUGAUAUGAUAUUAAUACAGAAAGUAUUACAUGAAUUUAAGAUAUCUGAAAUUUUGAAAUAAUCAUAAAAUUAAAUAAUUAAAAAAUUAGUAUUUGGAAAUGAAUUAGAUGAAUCUGUAAGUUCACAAUAACAAUCUUUAGGUAAAUUAGUAUGA